AUGCGCGUCUCGCCGACAGCAACGGCCGUGAACGAGUCCACACCGCUGAUCAGCAGCAGCGGCGCCAACGCACCUGCGAGUGCGCCGCUCGUGUCGCCCAGUUACGCGGCGACGUCCCCGUCGUCGUCGGCCUUUUCGCCCUUUGCGGUCGUCGACGAGCCCGAGCAGCCCGAGCCACUAGUGGCCCACCAAGAAGAAGACGACGACGAAGAGGAGGACGAGGGGGACGAUGGGCACGACAGCUGUCUGGGCAACGAGCACGACGUGGAGGCCGGUGGUCGUGAGAGUCGGUACGCGUACGUGGCGUCGCCUGCCAAAGUCCUGGGCUCUGCGUGUGUGAAGGGCGACUUUUUCCAAGCGCAGAGUGCUGUGGAGAUGGCAGUAAGCCGCGCGCGUCAAGCGACUGCGCUUCAGGAUCAGCAGCAGGAGGAGAAUCGAGCCGAGCGCGUUGUAGCGCAACACACCACGCGACGUGUGGCAACGAGCGUCUAUCGUCUCUUGACAGUGCACGAAGCGAGGCACCAGAUGAACGCGCUGCACCUGGCAGUGCUGUAUGAACACGCAGCUGUAGUGGCAUAUUUGGUCUCAGUGGCCAAGAAGUACUUGCUGAACGAUGCAGAAGCGCGGCUGGACACGAACCGUACGAGGCAUAGCAAGCGGCAUCUUCACCUACAGCUGAGUGGACAUGGCGCGCCCGAGUGUGCGUCGGACGAAGACGCGCAGGAGCUGGUGGCACUGAUGGAACACGACUCGAACAGCAAUGCUAGCACGGAGCCGCAGGAAGAGGAAGAACACGAGACGAGCACUUGCGGCACGCUGCAGGAGUUUUUGGAUAGUCGGUGUGGCGAGUCGAAGCAUUGCGCAACGGCAUUGAUGCUGUGUACAUCCGUGGCAUGCGCAACCACGUUGCUGGACUCUGGAGCGUCGGUCGGUGCGGUAAACUCGUCAGGGAUGACGGCAAUGCAUUACGCGGCAAGUACGGGCAACGCAGCGUUGGUGAGUUUGCUCGUGUCUCGUGGGGCGGAUGUUAAUCAGACGGACAGUCGGGGAGCCACUGCUUUGCAUUGGGCGGUGUUUGAGGGGUUCCAGUACACAGCGAUGUUGCUCGUGGGAUACAAGGCAAACCAGAAAAUCUGCGAUGCCGAGCAACAAACGCCGCUCAUGAUUGCCUGUGCCUUGGGAGACGCGUUUCUUGCCAAGCAACUCGUCGUCGAAGGAGCGCCAAUUAAAGCUAAGGACAAGCACGGCAGAACAGCGAUGGACAUCGCGCGGCAAGGCGCACACUAUGACACGGCCAGCGCGCUGAAGGCCGGUGCGUCGGAUCGAUUGGUGGCCUGGGUUUCGCACAAAGGUGCAUCGGCGUUUUUCUUUUUUGGAAUGGUUUGCACGACAGCGACGCUGUCGCUGGUUUUUGCAGUGCCGUGCUUGCCGCCACAGAAUCCGACACACACGAUGCGGUACCAGGCAGCGAUGCUGGCACUUGUGAUGCUCACGUGCAUCACGUACACGUAUGUUUGCAUCAAGGACCCGGGGUACGUGCCACGCUCCACCCGUCCCGCUUACGAGCUGUUGGCUAUGGAAGAUAAUGCUGUACCGUGUCCGACGUGCGUCACACACAAGCCCAAGCGCUCGAAACAUUGUUCAGCUUGCAGACGCUGCGUGUACCGCUUUGAUCAUCAUUGUCCAUGGAUCAACAACUGUGUGGGAAUCGGCAACCACCGUAGCUUCCUGGUUUUUCUCACGACGCUGUCAAGCUAUUGCCUUAUCAUCGGCACAAUAUCCAUGAUCAUUCUGUUGGGGAAUGUUCCGUUGCAUCCACCCGCGUCGAGCAUUGCUGGCACCGACGUUUCGCUUCCGUGGCGAUGGUUACAGCCGCCUGAUUGGGCGCUAGCUGGACACCUGCAUGCAUCGGCAGGGUCACCGACUCUGGUCCUGCGAACCAUCCAUGUCAUCCUCCAAAUUUGCUCGAUCGUCUUUGGUCUUCCGACAGCCACGUUGUUGGUUAUUCAGCUGCGCAAUGUCAGCCGCAAUUUGACGACAAACGAGCAUUUCAACAAGGACAAGUACUCGUAUCUGAAGACCCCUACGGAUGAGUUUUACAAUCCGUUCGAUCACGGCUGCACGCGCAACUUUGCCGAGGUGUGUCGCGGCGAGGUCCCAACAAACAAGGAGGAGGACGAAGGUGGGAUCGACGUUACGAGUCCCGUUAUGCGAGACCACGCUGUACUCAGCGAACGCUAG